AUGAUCCAUCACGGAAAUCACGUGGAAUGUGUAAUGGAUUUAAUGUUACAUCUAAUGGAACGUCGUUUGUACCACCAGAUCCAACAGCAUACUUUGUUUCUGCUAGUGAUCAAUAUUUUCGAAAUGCAAGCAAGUACUAAGACUCCAUCUCAAAGACAUAAUGGCACCAACAGUCAAUCAGAUAAAGGAGUUAAUAAUUUAUAUGGCAUACCAAUAAGUGGAAUGAUGCCGAAGGAUAUUAACAAAACACAAAUGAAUAUCUUACGCCGACUAAGUGAGGAAUCUGCUAGAGCUGGUGGCUGGAUACGCUUGUAUCCAAAUCCAGUUGCUUGGGAACAAUAUGCUCACCUAUUUCCAUAUGAAUCAAAUAAACAUAACAAUGAAUGCAAUCGAAUACACUAUAACGAAAUACUUUAUGCUUCAGUUGACCAGUACAAUCAAAGUAAUGGUAAAAGUUUAAAUGAUAUAGGCAACAGUAUACUAAUGGAUGCAUAUAAUGCAGCUUAUGCUUCAUAUAUCCUUCAAUCAGUCAGCUGGUCUACAUCAGUACUAAUAAAUCAGUUAAAGACUACUGACAAAGUUACUACUAGGGAAAAUACAACAGAUAACCUUGUGGACUUAAUAGGCUCACUUAAAGUACCUGAAGAGUGUACCUAUUUUCAUCCGAACUAUGCACCAGGUAUAACUAAUCUACAUUGUUUAUUUUCUCGAGGCAUAACUCAUAGACACAGUAUUUCUAAUGGUAUAAAAGUUAUCCAGAAACCCAGUAUAAUAACAUCAGCUAUUCAUCAAAAACCCUUACCACUGCAUAACAUGACACCAUCACAAAUGCAUAAUUAUAUCACUAACUUUAUUAACUCUCCAACAAAUGGUGAAUAUACAUCAUCUAUGCGAGACUGUAGGCGUGUCGCCUUACUUUACUGUUAUGUAAUGAAUCAUAUGCCAUAUUUUCUACGUAAAUUAGGUAGAAAGCCAAAAAUUCUCCCUGGUGUUUGCUUAACUCCAGGAUGUUUACAUAAUCAUGCCUCAAAACACAAAAUAUGUGGUAUAUGGCAGAUGUGUAAAUCAGUAAAUUCCACAUAUGCAUCGCCAUUAGAUUUGAAUACAUCACACACUGCAAGUAACUGUCAGGAUAACAAUGCAUAUAUCCCAGAACCUAUUUUAAACUCAGCUAAUACAAAUGAAAAUAAGAAAGGUUUACAUAGUGAACUGUUACUAAAACCAACGAGGAUCAAAAGUCAACAACAUAACACUUCACGUAGACACAAACAUUCAUUAGUAGUAAAUAAUGCUAGUAAAUUGAGUCCAAUACAAGCUAGACAUGCAUUUACCGCCUAUCUUUCACGUAUUCAAAAUAGGCUGGUCAUUGAAGCUGACCAGUGUUCAACAGCUACAAAUCAGUAUGAAAACGAUGAUGAAGAAAUAAGACUUUUAAUAAAAUUUUUACACACUGCCUCAGCCAAUUUAUCAUCUACACAGAAUCCAUUAAAAAGUGAUAAUUUAUAUUCACAGGUUCACUCAUCAGGCGGCAGAAAUCAACGUGAAAGUAAAUUAGAAUUAGCUAGACUAUUAAAUGAAUUUAUUAAUGUGUAUCAGUAUGAAACAGUUAACAAUAAACAACUUAUUAAAAGUUGUAAAGUUACAAACUGUAUGAAAACGCUGAAUUCAACACAAUUUUGGAAAUUGAUACGUGAUUCAAAUGAAAGUGAUCUUGAAGGUUUACUGACAGAAUAUACACGACUGAGUAAAUCUGUUGAUGUAUUUUUAGGCGGUCAAGAAGAUAAAUUAAAGAAACAUCCACUUCCAAAUUUAAAUAAUCAAAAGUUAAAGCCAUUUAAAACUGGUUCAUCGUCGUCUGACAGUGGAUUUCAAUCGAUAAACGAAGUGAAUUCGUCACCUAAAGCAAAGCAUGACAGUAAUCCUAUUGGAAAGCAACGCUUCCUAGAACAUUUGUCGAACAGUAAUAUGCGUAAUCACUGUUCAGUAGAUUCCUCACCUUCUUCAUCAUUCUUCUAUUCUCCUACCUCUUCGUCUAUAUCUCUACCAAACAAAUCGUCUUCCUCCUUGUCAUCUGAAGAAAAGGUAAUUCACUCAUCAAACAAGGAUGUUGUUAACAGCAAUAAAAACUAUAAUCAGAAAUUGUCAACCAUGAAUAUAAACUACUCAGAUAAACCUGAAUACUGUCAGAAGUGCACUUUUAUAAAUCCUGUAAAAUCUGCUAUAAAUUUAUUGUCAUGUGGAAAAUGUAUUUCAAGUGUUACUAAAACAUCCCAACAAAAUGAUAUUUUACCUACAGAAGGUGAUAAACGUAGUGAAAAUAAGGUGGACUCUAACGAUGAUUCUCCUUUAUAUGCUGAAUUUUGUAUAAGUAAAAAAGAUAGAUCUUGUCAAACAAUAAAAUCUUCCGCAUCGCAAACAGUAAGGAAACCUCAAAGCAGUAAUAAAAGUGUAUCUAAGUUACGCAAACCAACAAAAAAGGCGAACCGACGUAAAUUUCAACCAUUAGUGUAUUCAACACGCUACAGCACUUCGUCAUCAUUGUCAUCAUUAUCUCCAUUCGGUAAACAAAACAACCGCAUAAAUACUCAGGAUCAAAGACGUUUUAAAUCCAGCUGUGUUCUUCGAUCAAAUAAACAGGUGAACUCCCCGUCAAAUAGCCAUGUUCACGAAAAAAAUAACUAUAAACCAAGAAAUAAUAAAACAGUAAAAAAGUUGGCCUCAGUUCCAGGUCUUAAUCCACCGAUUUGUAAGCCGGUAUACAUGUUAUCAGCAGCUAAAUCGUUAUCAUUCGUACACCUAGAUGAACGAAAUAAUUCCUGUGAAAACGACAGUGAUAAAUCUGAUAGUAAAACAGAUGGUGAAAAUGUGUUUUCCGAUAUAUGUUUGAAUAAAAACUGCCAAACCGACAAGUCUAAAUUCAAUCGUACAAGUCGACGAAUCUAUCCAUUAUCUUCACCUAGAAAAACGCAUUAAAAUGUGUCAUAGGGCUUGAGAUUUGUACUUAGAGAAGAGUUCCUUCAUUAAAUGUAUACGAUGAAGAAAAUCGUAUAUAAUUCACCUCCUUAAAAUUUUCCGGAACAUACAAAUCUGUUUUCAUAAAAAACCAUAUGCCGUUGAUAUGUCUAAUAAUAAAUGGCAUAAAAUGAACUGUAUAAAUUUUAAUUACUUGGAAUCACAUAAGAAUUUAAGCAAAGAAUACGUUUUUAUAUUAAAUAGUGGACUUUU